CUUCUGAUGAGCCAGCUCUGUGCGGGUCCUCCUCCCCCUUUCUGUGGUCCACACCCUCCUGGAGCUAUAAGAAGCGGUUUAGCAGGCAUUGGUCUGCAUUGCAUGACAGCACCCUCCAGAGAAGUCAGCCCUGAGCAGGAGUCAGCCAGCUGCCUCUGUGCGCUGCUUCACACGGCGGCUCUGUUGCUGGGAGGGGAGAGAGACGGAGGAACACCCUGCCCUGGUUUAUUCUCAGGUUCCCUGCUUCUUUUUGUCCCCACCCCUGACUUUAGUAUCUGCCUGCUCAAAAUUAAGAGCAAAGGCAGGAGCCUGGGGAGAAAAUAGCGUGAGACGCAGGAGACACCUUGGCAUGAAUUAGAUGGCAAUCACACGGAAAGCUUUCUCCUAGGAAGAAAAGGAAAAACCCACUCCCAUCAACAAGAGAGGAUUGAAAGAGCAGCUUUGUUGAAUGAGAAGGACCGAGCAGGAUCGGCAGCAUGAGCACUAGCACAGUUCCCUAUCAACAAAACCCGUAUGGCUCCGGGGGCAGCUCUACCGUUAUCCAGUGCUACCGCUGCGGAGACACAUGUAAGGGAGAGGUGGUGCGCGUCCAGAGCAAUCACUUCCACAUCAGGUGCUUCACCUGCCAAGUGUGUGGCUGUGACCUGGCCCAAUCAGGCUUCUUCUUUAAGAACGGGGAGUACAUCUGCACCCAUGACUACCAGCAGCUCUACGGGACCCGCUGCGACAGCUGCCACGACUUCAUCACUGGAGAGGUCAUCUCUGCCCUGGGCAGGACAUAUCACCCCAAGUGCUUUGUCUGCAGCAUGUGCAGGAAGCCAUUCCCCAUUGGAGACAAAGUGACAUUCAGCGGGAAAGACUGUGUCUGCCAAGCCUGUUCCCAUUCGCUGAUCAGCUCCAAGCCUAUCAAGAUUCACGGGCCGAGCCACUGUGCGGGCUGCAAGGAGGAGAUCAAGCACGGCCAGUCACUCCUGGCUCUGGAGAAGCAGUGGCAUGUCAGCUGCUUCAAGUGCCAAACCUGCGGGAUCAUCCUGACUGGGGAGUACAUCAGCAAGGACAGCGUUCCAUACUGCGAAUCUGACUACCAUGCCCAGUUCGGCAUUAAGUGCGAGACCUGUGACCGAUACAUCAGUGGCAGGGUCCUGGAGGCAGGAGGGAAGCACUACCACCCAACCUGUGCCAGAUGCGUCCGCUGCCACCAGAUGUUCACGGAAGGGGAGGAGAUGUAUCUCACAGGUUCUGAAGUGUGGCACCCGAUCUGCAAACAGGCAGCGAGAGCAGAGAAGAAAUUGAAGCACAGAAGAACAUCAGAAACCUCCAUCUCGCCCCCUGGUUCCAGUAUUGGUUCCCCCAACCGAGUCAUCUGUGCUAAAGUGGAUAAUGAGAUCCUUAAUUACAAAGACCUGGCAGCUCUUCCCAAGAUUAAAGCCAUCUACGAGGUGCAGCGUCCCGACCUAAUUUCCUACGAGCCUUAUCACAGAUACACAUCAGAUGAGACGCUGGAGAGAUAUAGCUAUGGGGAGUCCCUUGGAACGCUGUCUCCGUAUUCUCAGGAUAUCUAUGAAAGUAUUGACAUACGGCAGAGACGGGCCUCCAGCCCGGGCUACAUCGACUCCCCCACCUACAGCCGCCAGGGCAUGUCUCCCACCAUCCCACGCUCCCCACAUCAUUACUACCGCUCAGGCACAGAGAGUGGGCGCAGCUCCCCCUACUAUAGCCAGUUAGAUGUGAGGUCUUCUACUCCAACCUCAUACCAAGCUCCCAAGCAUUUCCACAUUCCAGCUGCCGGAGAGAGUAACAUCUACAGGAAACCACCCAUCUAUAAACGACACGACAAUCCACCGGCAGCUACGAAAAGCAAAACCAGCGAAGACAUUGCACAGUCCUCCAAAUACAGCCCAGCCUACUCCCCGGACCCAUACUACCACUCCGAGUCCGAGUACUGGCCUUUCCAAGGUUCACCCAAAGUACCACGAGCCCGCAGAUUCUCAUCAGGGGGAGAAGAGGACGGAUUUGACCGGGGGAUGCACAAAAUCCAGAGCGGCAUCGGCAGGUUGAUCCUGAAGGAAGAGAUGAAGGCACGAUCCAAUUCUUACGCUGACCCCUGGACGCCACCUCGCAGCUCAGCCAGCAGCAGAGAGGCCCUGCACACAGCCGGCUAUGAGAGCUCACUGAACGGCUCUCCCCGGACACAUUACCUCGCUGACAGUGAUCCCCUUAUUUCGAAAUCUGCAUCCCUCCCUGCCUACAGAAGGAACGGGCUGCACAGGCCCCCCAGUGCUGAACUCUUCCACUAUGACAGCACAAACGCCGUCAAUUGGGGGAUGCGAGAAUACAAGAUAUACCCCUACGAGCUGCUCAUGGUGACCACCAGGGGGAGGAACCAGCUGCCCAAGGAUGUGGACAGGACUCGGUUAGAGCGCCACCUGUCACAGGACGAGUUCUACCAGAUAUUCAACAUGACCAUUGCAGAGUUCGACCGCCUGGCCCUGUGGAAGAGGAACGAGCUGAAGAAGCAGGCACGGCUGUUUUAAACGCAAUAAACUAUAAAUAUAUACAUACCUAUAAAUAUAAAUAUAUAUAUAUAUAUAGAAAGAUCUCUAUAUUGAAGCUCUGUUUAACUCUCUCUAUUGUACAAUAGGAGGCACGGCCACUCUCUUUGGAACUCCGUAGAGUGAAUUGAAGUCUCUCAGAUAUUUUUAUGCUCUUUGUUUCCUUUAUGUUCUUUUUUUAUUCUAAUGCGAUUGGGAGCGGAGUGUGAGACUGUUUGUGUAUUGAACCUUCUGGAGUUUCAGGCCAUCUCAGAACCCCACCCUCACCUGCAGUGGCUGUAAAUCCCAGGCCAGUGGAGGAGAGGGUAUCUGCAGCACAUGUUCAGUGAAAGAUUGGCGGCCCCUUUUCCCUCCCCUGCCCCUUCACACCCUGGGCUGCUGUUUGCCCUGGGCUCCUGGCCCAGUAUCACCCACUCAUGCUGCACAGCCUGGCCAGGCGCCUUCAGGAGCCAGAGGAAGAGAUUCCCUCUCUCCCACCAAGCUUCCUGAAACUCCCAGCAGGCCGGACCGUGCCAUCUGAUUUAGCCAUGGAUAGUCAGAGGAUUCCUGGUAUACUUAAACUGCCUCUCUUCUCAGGGCUUGGGGGAGGGGGCUGCAGUCUCCCUCCCACUUCAUCAGCCCUACCCGCUGGACUUGUACUGAAAGAGGAAAGUGAAUGGAGCUGGCCUGGACCACCUCACCCUUUGCUAACAUAGACUCCCUCCUUACAGGCCUAGUCUGUGUUGGCAUCUGGUAGAAAUAACAUGGCCCCUAGCCCCAGUUUGGCAGCGCCACAACUGUGUUCUCUCCUACCCCUGCUUUCCCAUCCCCAGCUGCCAGGGGAGCUCAGGGGCUGCCGAGCCCCACAGGGCAUUGCCAAUGCAAAUCAUAGGGGAUCAUUACAAGAUAUGUUGGAUCUGUUUCAUCUGCAACACUUCCAGGGCCCAGAGCUGAGACAAUGGACACUCCAGAGGGCUCACUGAUGAGCCUACCAUCCCCCUGUCCUAUCUAAAGGGCCAUCGACCUGACAUGGCAAACUGCAAAGCCUUCUCCAGGCUUUCUCCAGUCCUGCUGAGAGACCCUGUCUUCCCAGCAUCUCCCUUCACCUGUUCUUUGUUUAAUUACUGGGGACAUUUGCAAACAGGAUCUCAGCCCAUCAGGGUCUUACAUUCCUCUGUUGCUUAUUCCUUUCCCCUCCACAAAAGUACUUAUCUGCUUGUGACAUCACAUCUCUUGCCACAGAGCCAUCUGUGAUGUCACAAGCAGAUGAUUAUGACUUCAGAGGGAGGAAUAGUAAAUAAGUAGCAACAGAGGCUUCCAAGAGAUGUGUUCCCGCACUGCCUGAAAACAGUCCCUGGGAAUUAAAGCAAAGGGGAAAGGAAAUAUAGGCAGUAGAAGCAGAACUGUCUCUGGGUGGAGUAUUUGUCACUAGUUUCCCUGGCACUAGUGGUGGUUCUUUAAUAACAGGCCAUGGCAGACUGAUUUGACAUUGAGACCAGGAGUCAUUCUGUCAAGAUUGUGCUAUGAAACAGGUUUCCCAACCUUCAUAUUUCCAAAUCACAGUGUCCUAGCUGCUCCAGGCUCCUUCCACCCAUACCUGCAAAUUUCACCUCCUGCAAGUAACAGAACAGUGGUUUGUCCUCAUCAAAGCUCCCUCUCUUCCCACAUCCAAAGCCACUGUUAGUAAUUUUACGCCAGAGUAACAGAUCCAAGCCCUUUACAAAGUGUAAUGCAUAAAGCCCAAGAACUGGGGUGGAUAUGUCCCUAACAGCACCUCUGCGGAGGGGUUUUGUGGCUGUAAGGAAUCAAAGUGGGCUUGAACCAAAAUCCCAGAUCCAACCAGGAUAGUUGGGGGAGUUGAGAUGCUGCUCUAACUUUGAACUCUGUAACUUAAGCCCUAUCUCUCUGGUUAGGAAUUGUCCUGAAGUAGCAGCAGCUGGUUUAGAGUCUGUUUGGAGUCUACUCAUGAGAUUGGAAGUGGGUAUGGAAGUAGCUGGUUGUGAGAGCUGUAGGGAAAGGGGGAAGGAGGCAUGUUAGACUGUUGUUAGAAACUGAAUCAGCUGCAUCUCCCCUUUUUAUUUUGUCUGCUGGAGUUUUCCUGAUUCUCAGCGAUUAGUAACAUCCCCUGUCCCAGAUCAAAUUGCUAGAGCAGCCCCUUGGAGGGAGGUAAUAAAGACAUUUGCAAGGACUCUCUAUAACUCUGGGGGAUAUUGUAGAGCUAUGUUGCUUGUUUGAUGUUUUUACAAAUAUGCUAUUUCAACAGAAAUCCAUUUGCCUGUUGUCUUGUAUGUU